AGACCUAAAUUUAAGAGAGGAGGAGAGCGAUCGCUAUCGAUCGGUCGAUCCCAGGGAUUCUAUUCUAGUGCCGUCUCGCCUUGCAGUGCAGAUCAGCGAUGGCGAUCGACAGCAGCGCGCCUUCCGAGUCUUCGCCGAUCGGGCCCAGGGAUGCGUGCAUUGUCGGCGUGGCGAGGACGCCGAUGGGCGGCUUGAGCGGAUCUCUCUCCGCCCUGGCUGCUACCAAGCUCGGAUCUAUCGCGAUCCAAGGGGCGAUCGCGAGGGCGGGGAUCGAUCCAGCGCUGGUUCAAGAGGUUUUCUUUGGCAAUGUGUUGAGCGCCAACCUCGGCCAAGCUCCCGCCAGGCAGGCUGCCAUGGGUGCUGGCUUGCCUCCUUCCGCUGUUUGCACGACGAUCAACAAGGUGUGCGCGUCUGGAUUGAAAGCGACUGUUCUUGCUGCGCAAAGUAUUCAGCUGGGAUUGAAUGACGUGGUUGUCGCCGGAGGCAUGGAGAGCAUGUCUAAUACUCCCUAUUAUCUUCCGAAAGCAAGGCAGGGAUAUCGAAUGGGUCACGGGGAAGUUAUCGACGGCAUGAUGAAAGAUGGUCUUUGGGACGUGUAUAAUGACUAUGGAAUGGGAGUGUGUGCGGAGAUAUGUGCUGAGCAGCACACGAUCUCAAGGGAGCAACAAGAUAAUUAUGCCGUUCAAAGCUAUGAGAGAGCGAUCGCAGCGCACACGGCGGGUGCCUUCGAGUGGGAAAUCGUCCCGGUCGAGGUCCCCGGAGGGAAAGGAAGGCCGUCUACAAUUGUUUCCAAGGACGAUGGAAUUGACAAGCUUGACGCAGCCAAGCUUAAGAAAUUGCGUCCAGCUUUCAAGGAAGGUGGUUCUGUGACUGCUGGCAAUGCAUCCAGCAUCAGCGACGGUGCUGCGGCACUCGUGCUCGUAAGUGGAGCGAAGGCAUUGGAGCUUGGACUGAAAGUUAUUGGCAAGAUAAUUGGCUAUGGUGACGCUGAACAGUCUCCCGAGCUCUUCACCACGUCACCAGCUCUUGCGAUUCCAAAAGCUAUCAAGCACGCCGGCAUUGAUCCAUCUCAAGUCGAAUACUACGACAUCAACGAAGCGUUUGCAGUGGUUGCUCUCGCAAACCAGAAGCUCCUCAACCUCGAUCCCGAGAAAGUGAACGUCCACGGUGGUGCUGUCUCCCUUGGCCAUCCUCUGGGAUGUAGUGGUGCUCGCAUCCUCGUAACACUCCUUGGAGUUCUCAAGCACAAGAAUGGACGCUAUGGAGUGGCCGGAAUUUGCAAUGGUGGCGGUGGAGCCUCGGCUCUAGUCAUCCAAUCUCUCAUGACGGCAACUAACCAGGGCCAUUCCCAUUUGUAAGCCUUUUAGCUAAAUAACCGGAAAAAUCUUAGGGUUCUAUCCUUGUAACA